GGCCGUACUCCAUAAAGCUUUUUAUCAAGCGUAGACGCUUUUUAAUAUUUUAUAAUUUCACUGUCAUUUGUUAUAUUAUAACGAAUAGCAGCAGCUAUCCACCACGCUGGCUGAAAUCAAAGUGUCUUGAAAAUGGUACAUCACAGUUGGCUGCUGUUCAUCUCCGCUGUUCUUGCUCUUUCUGCUGCAUCUUCGCCAAGACCACACAUUAUUUUAAUUGUAGCUGAUGAUUUGGGCUACAAUGACGUCAGUUUUCACGGCUCAGAGCAAAUACCAACGCCCAACAUUGACUUCCUGGGGUACUCAGGGAUUAUACUAAACAACUACUAUGUCAGCCCCAUCUGCACACCUACCAGGAGUGCCUUGAUGACAGGAAGACACCCCAUCCACACUGGUAUGCAAUCAGGUGUUAUUGUGGGUACCCAGCCUUAUGGUUUGCCCCUUAAUGAAACAAUAAUGCCGCAGCAUCUGAACAAGUUGGGCUAUCGUUCUCACAUUGUUGGGAAGUGGCAUCUUGGCAUGUUCAAGUGGGAGUACACACCUCUGUUCCGAGGUUUUGAGUCACACAUCGGCUACUAUCAGGGCUGUGAGGAUUACUAUACACACACGUACGAGGCUAACCUGGAGCAGUGGGGGGUAGACUUCCGUAAGGACACAGAGCUAGUGUGGAACUACACGGGUAAAUAUUCCACUGACGUAUUCAAGGAAGAGGCAGUCAAGGUCAUAAAUAAUCAUGAUAAAUCACAGCCUCUGUUUCUUUACCUCCCUUUCCAAGCUGUCCAUAGUGGCAAUGGGGACGGAACCAACUUGCAGGCACCGAAAGAAUAUAUAGACAAAUUUAAAUAUAUACAAAACGAGCAGAGGAGAAUAUACGCAGCCAUGGUGUCAGCUCUUGAUGACGCUGUCGGACAAGUUUACGACGCUCUCAAAACCAACAACAUGCUGAAUAACUCCAUCAUUAUUUGUACAACUGACAACGGCGGGCCGGCGAAUGGAUUUGACUUCAAUGCUGCUAACAACUUUCCACUGAGGGGUGUGAAGGCAACAUUAUGGGAGGGGGGAGUGAGAGGGGUCGGCCUCAUCCACAGCCCGCUACUGCAGAAGCAGGGCUACGUCUCACAGCAGAUGCUUCACGUCUGUGACUGGCUGCCAACCUUGGUCAAGGCCGCUGGCGGUGACCCCUCAACCUUAACAAACCUGGAUGGAUACGACUCAUGGGAUAUGUUAAGUCAGAACGGACCUGCUGUUCGUAACGAGAUACUGCAUAACAUCGACCCCCAGGAUGAUUCAUCCGCCAUCCGUGUCGGGGAUUAUAAAUUACUGAUGGGUGAUCUUGGGUCCAGCUGGGAUGGAUGGUAUCCACCUUUCCAGCUUGAUGGUGACCUUCAGCUGCUUCAUUACACAAAUUUUUCAACUCUGACCUCCGAAUCUCCAUCCAAAACUGAGCUACGGAAAAAUUUACUACAGUCGUACAGAAAAUUUUGGCCAGACAGUGCGAAAACUCGCAUGAAAGAGCUACAAUCCUACUGGGCUACUAGUGAUGUCUAUUCUAAAUUUAGUCAUUCACAUGCGGAUAAAUCUGAAAAUUUAAACAUGCUGGAUUUUAGUUUGAAUUUCCUGUCGGAAAAGCAAAACGUGGAUUUAGCUGCGGGCGGUGCUCCUGUGACCAUCAACUGCGGGGUUAAACCUGCCAACGCAAGCACAAACUGCCACCCUGAGGUCACCCCCUGCCUGUAUCACAUACCCUCUGAUCCAUGUGAAUAUAACAAUCUUGCUUACGCAAUGCCCGAAGUGGUAACCGCUAUACUUGACCGCCUGAAGAACUAUGCCAGUACAAUGGUACCACCAGGCAACAGGCCCUACGAUGAUAGCGGCAACCCAAAAUAUCAUGGUGGAGCCUGGGUGCCGUGGCAAAAAUAAUUUACAUUGCACGUUUAAUGUUAUUUUAAUAGGGUCCAACAUUCCACAUUUAAUGUUAUUUUAUAGGGGCCAAUGUUAUUUCAAAACUUUAUGUUUUUGGUCUAUCGGUUACUUGUUAUAAUGCCAGAUGGGGCCUUAAAUAUUUUCUGGUGAUUUUGUAAUUAUUUUUUUAUUGCACUUUUUAUUUUUUAAAUAAAGCAACGGUUUCUAUUAAAUGUAAUUCAUUGCUAUUGAAGCAGCCAAAAUUAUUUUACAACUUUUUACAAUGUCCAUUGUUGUAAGUUUAGUGGUCAAAUCUUUUGACUCCUUAAUAAUUAUCACUCAAGACCCCUUUACAUAAGUCAAUACUUUACUGUUACAUAGAUUUAUGUAAAAACAUAUUGUUCUUACUUUAGUGCUUCUAGUGUUCUUAUCAUUUUAUUGCAUUUAAUUAAAUUAAAAAGAUAUACUAGGUUUUUAUACUAUUUAUUUCAAAAUAAAUAUUUUUCCAUGACCAACCGUAUAUUUUUUUUUUUAAAUCAUUUUAACUUUCUCAUUAGAUUUUAAAUUGCAAUAAAGUUGAUUUUGAUAUAAUAGUAAUUAACUUCUUUUUUAAAUUAAUUUUUGGUGGAGUUUUUCUGACACUUUUUGUAGACCCGGUCGUUUAAAAAGGUAGACAAUUCAGUAUGAUAAUUUGUCAUGUAUGUUUAAAUGGAUUGUUUCCCUUAACAAUUUUUAAAUAAAAUCUUUUUUUUUAAAUAUAUGAAUUAAUCAAUCUUUAGUAUGUCUCGUUAUAGAUUAACUUGAAGCAUGAAAGCUGGUGACAUACAAUCUGUUGUAUGUAUAUGCAAUAAAUGUAGUCGAGGAAUUCUUCGCCAUCACGCUUAUCUCGAUUAACACACUCCAUGCAUAGUCUCGAUUACCUGUUAGAUAUACCGGUUUAAUCACAAUUUCCGUCUUACAAAUCAGCUUCUUCUUCAGAUUCAAGUUUUCUUUUUUAAUUUAGAUAUUUCUAAUUUUUAAAAAUCUUCCCCACCUCCCCCUUCCACGCAAACAUUUCCCCGUCAAAUCCUUUAAAAUAAUGUAGCCUCAUAAAUCUAUAUAUAUUUUCUUAUUUUUUAAAUUUAUUUUAAAAUUUUAAGU